AGCAGGGCAGGGCCCGGACUUGCACCAACAGGCCUGCUCAUACGAGAGCUGCAGUGGUGCUGCAGAGCCAUGGUGGUGCCGGACUCCCCUCUGCUGGCGGCCGUGUCCCUGCUGUCCUGCCUGCACCUGGGCUACCUGGCCCGGCGGGUUGGACGCUCAAGGACGGCCCACAAGACCCUGCCCCCGGCCGUCACCGGCCCUCCGGAGUUUGAGCGGACGCACCGCGCACACCAGAACUGUGUGGAGUUCUUCCCCUUGUUCCUGGUGUGUCUGUGGAGCUGCGGGGCGUUCUUCAGCGAGGCGGCUGCAGUUGCAGGGGGGCUGCUCUACAUGGCUGCUCGCCAGAUCUAUUUCAACGGAUACGUCAAAUCUGCCAAGAAAAGGUUACCGGGCUUUUACCUGACUCUGGCUGCCCUCGCCGGCCUGUUUCUGCUGGGAUUGACUGGAAUAGUGCACGCCAUACUUCACAAGUACAUCCAUCUCUGAAGAGUUCAACUGAAUAAAACAAUGAAGCAGUGCUUUACUGGUUUACUGGUUUACUGGUCAUCGGUCCAGGCUGUAACCUGAACUUGUAGUGGACCAGCAUCAGGUCCCAGAGCUGUUUUAGAUGAUGCAGGUAAACCAGUCGUGAACUGCAUUCUCUCCACAGGCCUGAGCUUCUACCUGAAAUAAAGAGCUUACUGGUAUUUCCAGAUGUUUCUGUAUUCAUCCAUCAAUCCAUCCAUCCAUCCAUCCAUCCAUCCAUGCAUGCAUGCAUGCAUCCAUCCAUCCAUCCAUGCAUCCAUCCAUCCAUCCAUCCAUGCAUCCAUCCAUCCAUCCAUCCAUGCAUCCAUCCAUCCAUCCAUCCAUGCAUCCAUCCAUCCAUCCAUCCAUCCAUCCAUCCAUCCAUCCAUAGGCAUGGUGUGA